AUGUUUAAUACCAAGAUCUUUGAAACCAGUUCAGGGACUGGCGGAACCCCGACUCCGUCCAUAAACAUUCCUAAUAACAAUGGUAACCCGGUGCACCAACCGUCGGACGAUAAUACUCAACCCAUCGACAUCACCUACCAACGGCUGUCCAUCUUCAACAACUCCCGGUUCCGCAGAGAGAGCUUGGCCCACUCACAGGGAAUGGGAGGUGUCAGUUGGGGAUCGAUCACUAUCGGAUCCUGGUUGAAAGAUGAAGUGAUGAUGUUGAAUCAUCAGAGUGCCAACGGCGGCGCCCAGAUCAGCUUCGGGCACAACGGUGCUGGCAGUGCUGCUGCCAUGGGUACUAGUUCCAGUAACCAUUUGAAUAUCAUGAACCCCAGAAGAGGUCUGUUCAGAUUUGCUCAAGCUGGUGGCGCAAACUCCGGAGGAUUCCAUAGUGCUUCCAUGGCGAUGUCACCCCCUCAAACAUCGUACUUGCCUAACCUUGAGGCCGACUAUUGUAAAGACUAUAGCUGCUGUGGUCAACUAUUGCCAACGUUGCAUGACUUAUUACGACACUAUGAAGAGGCACAUAUUAACAUGAGCCCUCCGUCAGACAACAAUGCUUAUAUCAACUCCAACCGGAACCGGAACAUGAACAAUAUCCACAACAUCUUGGAAACCGUUUCUACCACGGAUGUGUUUUUGAACAACAAUCCUCAUUUGCAACAAGUGCAACAAGCUGCUCACCAGCAAGCAAUUCAACAACAGCAACAACAACAAACGCUUCAACAACAGCAGCACGCAGCCCAAAUCUCACAUCAGCAAAACCAGCACAUGCAAGCCCAAGGCCAACAUCACCCAAAUCAAAUACCGACACAAUCGCAUUCUCAACCUCAGCAUCCGCAAGCCCAAGUGCUUACACCACAUACGCCCCAGAACUACUCACAGUCUCCUUCCGACAAUGGUGCUGGUGGCAGUGGAUCCCCCAUGGAUGAAGAUGACCUAAUGUAUAUUGAUGAUCCUGCCAGACAUUUGUAUGUGGUUGAAAAUAAUGAAGACAAACCAUUCAAAUGUCCGGUGAUUGGGUGUGAUAAGAACUAUAAAAACCAGAACGGGUUGAAGUAUCACCGGUUACAUGGCCACCAGAAUCAAACCUUGAAAGAGAAUCCCGACGGAUCCAUCUCGGUUAUUGACCCCGAGUCCAAUACCCCAUACCUAGAUGGUGCUGCAUUGGAGAAAGAUAAGCCUUAUCGGUGUGAAGUGUGUGGAAAGCGGUAUAAGAACUUGAAUGGUUUGAAAUAUCACAGAGGCCAUACAACCCACUGAACUAAUUUAACCAAGUAUAUAAAUACGCUGGUUUGAUAAAGGAAACCACAUUAAUUGAAGUGACAUGAGUUUUAAACAUAAGAUGGGUAUUUUUGUAUUAUAUUUAUUAUUAUUCUUUCCAUGAUAAUGACUACCAAAAGCACCGCUUUGAUGGUAGAAUUAUGAUCAUGUUUUAUGCAUAUUGGGGUUGAUUUAUAUAGCUAUAUAGUAGAAUUGAAGAUGUUGUUUUUGCUGGUAGC